CAGUCGGCCGCUGAACCCGCGCGCCGCAUGGUUGGUACGUGUGCGUUUACCGCGCUCGAUCGUCCGUCCGUUUUAUUCAUUCGCCUCGCGUACGCGGCUUCGUUCGUUGCAGAGCUCUUCGCGUCUUCCCUUUGCCCUCUCGCUCUCUCCGACUCUCGUAUCUCGCUGCCAUCGGGCUGAUGCGUACACAGUGAGAUUUGCACGUCUUUUUUUUGUUCUCUCUCCGCGAAGACGACCGACCGGCUGUCCGUCCGUCCGUCCGUUCGUUCGUUCGUUCGUUCGGAAGUGUUUCAUCCGGGGAGAAAGCGCAGCGGUCACCACGGCUUCCGAGACGUCGCCAGGGAAGUACGAGACUACCUCUCGGAUUUCCGGUGGAUUCUCUGCUGUAACAGAUCGUAUCCUUCGAAAGUGGCCGCGACGACGACGCGAAUCUCUUCUGCAUGAUCUCGUACGAUCCAUAGACGUCGCAUACGGUGCAUGAAAGAGAGAAAGAGAGAGAAAGAAAGACAGACACUUUGUACACGAUGAGGAUGUAGCCCGUGGCAGGGUGGCUUUUCGACGACAGAAGGAGAUAGAGAAAGAGAGAGAGAGAGAAUCACACGAGUCUCGAGUCAGGGCGAUGAUGACGCGCGCGAUACAGGGAAGAGGAAUCGAGCGCGGCAAGAGCAGGUUAGCCUAGAAGAAAAGGAGGGAAGAAGAGAGAUCCUCUCUUCCGGAUGUUAUCGCCGAGACUGAUAAAAACACUGCCAGGAGUAAUGUCGAGCUGAAAUCGCUGCUCCGUCCGCUGUACCGUUUUCUCCUUCGUCGAUUUUAGCUCUCACUUCUCGCUAACUGCCUCUCCACCUGCCUUGCCCCUUUGUAUAAGCCCUACCCACAUCGUACACACGUUCACAUUAAUAUCAAUACACAAUCCGCCUCUUACGUGAGAUCGAAGACUGAAAAUAAAAGGUGGCGAUAUGUUGGGCGUGAGUCAGCCGGGCAAUACGCCCUCGAGCUUACGGCACUCGGCGAGCUUCUCGUGCUUGCAACGCGGCACCGCCAGCGAAGGUCAUCGCACGAGGACCUCGACGCUGCUGCAACAACCGAGUCUACAGCUGAGCAACGUUCAUCAUCAAUACGGUGGUCAGACGGCGGUGGCGGCAACGCAUUCUUCCCUGCUGCAGCAUCAUCGGCAGUCCCGCGAACCAUUCGAUCCCGUCGUUCAAGACGGUAAUGAUUAUGGCUUUGUAAAGAUCCGACCGCGGCUGCGUAGCACGAAUGCGACCUUGUAUCACGAAGAGGAGGUGGCGGCCGCGAAGAACGCUCUGAGAGAACAGCGCGAUGCUGCCGCGUUCAGCGAUCGCGAAUGCGAUUCCAAUUUCAGGGACUGCUCACUGAAGGUCAAAGACCGCGACCUUUCACCGAAGGGAACGGCCAAGAAUCAGAAUCCUCUUAGGGGCGCGUUAAUUCUCUUCACUUCGACAUCAUCUUGGUGGAAGGCCCGACAACGAGAGGAACAAUUUGCGGGAGAACGGGAGAAAACCACUAGCAGCGGUCCUAUCGCUGUUGGCACUUCGUCGGUGCGCCACUGGUCCAAUAUCUCGAUGGCGUCGCCCUCGAACGAGAGAAAGUGGCCGUCCUCAAUGACGUCGCCCACGAACGAGCGGAAAUGGUCCGCAAGUAACAGUCUGCUUACAUCACCGUCGAACGAGAGGAAGUGGAACAGAUCCUCGGUCUCGUCUACAUCGACGAAUCAACAGGACCGGAAGUGGCGAUCUCUCGGCGCACUUUUGAAGACUCCCGCCAACAUUGGCGGCGGUAGUUCCCACACUAGCCAGAACUCCUUGUCGCACAAUAUGAGCGUGUCCAUGAUUGAGGGUGAGCACUUUCGCGAGGAAUCACGCGGUUCGAGUUGCAAGGGGCGCUAUCAUCAGCCGACUUCCUACUCGGCGCGAGUCUCCCGAGUCAGUAGAGACGUUUAUCGAGAGAACGGAGAGUUUGGCCAGGCCGUUGGCAGGUCGAAGGUCAGCCGGAGAUUGUAUCAAGACAACGAGCCGGCAAUCGAUCGAGAUCUGGACGAGAGACACGUCGUGCCACGUAGCCGUCAUCAACUGGAUGAUCCCGAACAAUGCAGGAACAAUCGAGACGGUCGCGAUUUCUGCAGAGCCGCGGAAAAGAGUACCGUGGAGACUCGCACUAUGACUUCCACCAACAGAUCGAAUCGCGCGCAGAGCUUUUAUCUGCUGGAAGAUUUUCUGCUACCGCAGCCGCAGCAGCCGAGCAACAAGUGCACGACGAAUGUAUACGUAUCUCCAUCAUUGGCCAUUAAAUGUGGCCAACAAAUGUCGUGCGGCAUCGAGCACGGCAGAUUGUGCGAGGUCAGACAGGCGACCUGCCAGCAGACAAACGUCGCCAGCAACAUCACGCCGCCGCGACGUCACAACUCGAGUUCAGACAGCCUCGAAGUGGCCGCGAGUCCGCUGCCACCACCGGUGCCGCCGCCGCCACCGCAGGCCGCCGCUGGCAACAACGCGCGGAACGACCGCGAACGGAAUGACAAUCCGAAGGAUACCAGUAAGGAUGUGUGCCCGUGCAAACUGUGCUGGACCAAUAUGCAGAGAUCUCUCGUAGAAGAGGUGAGUAGGCGGUCCAAAGAACACGAGACACAAGAUAAGGGAAGGAGUCCUGGAACGUUGCACAAAGAUGUCGGCGGCGCAGGUACGAAGGUCAGCGAGAAAACGGUCGGUGGCGUCGGCACGGCGACCCUCACCACGCUCUCGUCCAUUAAUAACGCAUCCAACACCGGCCGUAACAAAAACAACCCCGUAUCUCACGAGAAAUUGCCGUCUUUCUUCAAUACCAAGCCGACGCGAGUGGAUAAAUCGGACAACAACAAUGCUAACAACUCCAAUAACACGAGCAACAACAUUCAUAGUAUGCCGCUGCAUGAACCCAUCAGCGCUACUUGUCCCGAAGUAUACGCCGGGAGGCUGCCAAUGACACCCCAGGAAGCGGUGAAGUAUUACGGCUCUAGACUGACAGAAUUCGAGCGCGCCGAGAUCGAGAAGUAUUCUGAGAUUUGGUAUUUGGGCUUAUCGGCCAACAAAAUUCACGGCGAAGAGGUCUCCUCCCAGAACGGAGGCUACGACGACGAGAACGGCAGUUAUAACAAGAUCCUGCACGAUCAUAUCUCCUACAGAUACGAGAUUUUGGAGGUAAUCGGCAAAGGAAGCUUCGGUCAGGUGAUUCGAGCGUUGGAUCAUAAAACGGGACAACACAUCGCUAUCAAGAUUAUCAGGAACAAAAAGAGGUUCCAUCAUCAGGCUCUCAUCGAAGUAAGAAUCUUGGAACAUCUUAGGAAGAAGGAUCUGGAGGCGAACUCGCAACACAAUGUGAUACAUAUGCUAGAAUAUUUUUACUUCAGGAAUCACCUGUGCAUCAGUUUCGAAUUAAUGAGCUUGAAUCUGUACGAGUUAAUCAAAAAAAAUAAUUAUCAAGGAUUCAGCCUGAGUCUAAUCCGCCGUUUUGCCAACUCGCUAAUUAGUUGUCUGAGACUGCUCUACCGAGAGAACAUUAUUCACUGCGAUUUGAAACCGGAGAAUGUAUUGCUGAAACAACGAGGUAGCAGCUCAAUCAAAGUCAUCGAUUUCGGUUCCUCGUGUUAUAGUCAUCAACGCGUCUACACGUACAUACAGUCGAGGUUUUACAGAAGUCCAGAAGUGAUUCUUGGUCUUCCCUACGGCACGCCAAUCGAUAUGUGGAGCCUGGGCUGUAUCUUGGCUGAGCUGUACACAGGAUACCCGCUGUUUCCGGGCGAGGACGAGAUAGAGCAGCUCGCCUGUAUCAUGGAGGUUCUCGGUCUGCCGCCAGAGCACAUUAUCAGUCACGCAACUCGUCGCAGGCUCUUCUUCGAUCAGAAAGGGAGUCCGCGAUGCGUGACAAAUAGCAAAGGUAAAAAGAGAUGGGCAGGUAGCAAGAACCUCUCAAUGGCCCUUCGGUGCUCCGACAUGCUGUUCGUGAACUUCGUUAGCAGAUGCCUCGAGUGGGAUCCAAAGAAACGCAUGACCCCCGACGAGGCGAUGCGUCACGAGUGGCUAACUUCGUCGUCUUCUUCGCAUGUGAGCUCCUCCUCCUCGGCGAUAGCCUCGUCGACGGUAAAUGCGAGCGGGAACACGACGACGACAACCGUCGAGACGUCGCGGGAGUCCGCGCAUGCGCCGCAGACAGUGAGCGUGACCGUAAGCGCGCCGCGGCAACGAGCAACGACAAUGGAAGAUCCACCGUACACAAUGUACCGGCUUUACAAAGGUCGUAAGUAUGUUCAGAAGGUCUCGACCGGCACCGAUGGCACCGAUAACAGUGGUGGCCUAAUGGUAAAGAGCAAGUUGAACGGCAGCGCGAGCAGUCACGCCCUGGCAAGCAGCACACAGACGGCGACAUCGAGGCACGCAUCGACCGGUGAUAUCGUCGCGAGUCUGGAUCCGAAUCUCGAUGACUCAGGCACGUUCCUGCCGCCGAUAUUGUGAAGUCGGGUUUGUGCCAGCCACUUCUAAGCGCGCUAUUCGCGCACUGAUGCGAUUAGCAGCCUCGCUCUUGCAGAUGUGUAGAUGACAUGUAGAUGUUGUUUGACAUAUGUCAAGAGCAAACGUGAUUAAACAAACGGCGCGUGUAGAACUGGUUGGUCGAUUUCUGACAUUAGCGUUCCCCGAUGCCAAACGGGCUAGACACGUAGAGUCGCUAGUCUCGGCAUGUAUCGAGCUAUGAGGCCAAAAUGACGAUCUGACGAUGGAAGUAGAGCGCGCGGGCAUGCCGAUUGACGAGCGAUCGAUUCGCGCGUUUUCGGGGACACUCGAUGUCACUCAGGUAAACGUAACAAAUUCACGCGCGCAUUAUCAUAGUUACUUGCGAACAACAUAAAUUUUGCUGCUCACAGCGAGAAUACUGGCAAUUGUUAAUGUAUAUCGGUUGCGUUUCAACACGGACCAUCAUAUUUAGCUGAUUCGGAUGUUUAUUUCGCGCGAACGUAUAAAGUGCACGACGGGUGUAUCGGGUGAUAAAAAAUCUCGGCCAUAGAUAUAAAAAAAUUACAAAGAAUAUUGGCAGGAUGCGUAGUUUGCCUUACUGUUGACGAGCUCGCAAAAAAUUUGCUAGACGUCGCUAGUAAAAAAAAACUCGCGCGAGUAAAGGCAAGGUAUAUUAUUAUUAGCGUAAUAUACUUUAAAUAAAUAAUUAUACGAAUGUAAGCGACGCGAUACGAUGCAUAUAUAUCAUCGAUAUACAUAUGUAUCGUCGCGACGAUACGUAGAGAAGCGAAACAAAUGUCGACACAACGAUUCGUCCGACGUUGCAAUAAAAACGUCGAGAUCACCAUCGAAUUACGGUCGCGCCGAAGAUCUGUGAGUCGACCUGUGUCGUCAACACAGGGUCGCGAUUAAUAACGAAGCGUCAAGGCGAGGAGUAACAUUAAUACGUGAAGCAUGCCCCAGUUUAACGAGGCCUGAGUAGUCUUAUUGUGAUAUUAAACUACCACUGUCUUACUUAGAUCUCUCUGAUAUUAAGAAGUAACGAUCGCUAAUAUAAUAAUUUCAAUUUACUAUUAAUCAUUAUUUUCUUAUUAUAUCUGUAAUAAUCGCUAUAUCGUCACUAUUAUCGUAAAGAUAUAGCUGCAUAUGAAUAAUGAGGUUAUCGUCGAUAAUGGCAGAGUUAACAUUACUUACAUACGCGUAGGCAUGUACAGAUUUUAAUUACGCGUCUUUUAAAUCCCAGGAACAGCAUGUGUAGCUAGUUCGCUUUAUAAAAUACAUAUAUUUGAUAAAAAAAGGCCGAGAAUUUUUCAAUUUCCUACAGCGCUAUUAAACCGCUCUUCUGUUGUUAUUAAUCGUCUGUACGAUAUUGUAACACGCACUUUAUUAUAUCGGAAUCUAUUAAAUCGAUUAACGCAUCCCGCGAGACGCCUCUCCGCCUUCGCGCUUUACUACUUAUUUACAUAUUACUCGUAGCUUUCUGGCAUUUGAUUAGCGAUUUGUGAUUUAACGCGCCAUUUCGAAGUCGCGAGCGUUUUGCGAUAUGCAGAGGAUUUGACGAAAAAUUAUAUUGUAUAGAAGUAUAUCAUAAUAUUAGGCUACUUUUAGACGUGGUAAUUGUUCGAUGUGCCCGUAUCCAUUCUAAAGUUUCGUAAAGUGAAUGCAAGAUUCUCAAAUUCAUAAUAAUAAUAUCAUUCUGAUUAAAAAUGUGAGACGCGUCACUCCACCAUUUGCUACUUUUAAGCUUUCAUCUCGGAACGAUAUAUCUUGAUUUUUUUUAUGCUUUUCUCGACUUAAAGGUUUCAUUGUAUUAUAUGAUAGCGUUGAAAAGUCUAUUAAAUUGUCACGUGUUUUAUAUAUUACUAUGGCCAAAAAUGGUUGUAUAUAUAAAAGCAAAGAUACAUGAAUGCAUCGAUACUUGUAAAUUACGAUCACGUGUAACAGACUGAAACGAAUCAUUAUUUUAUAUUGCUAACAGACAAAAAGCGAAAUUGUUCCUAAUAAUUCGUUCCGCAAAUCUAUACCGAUUCAUCUUUAUUUCAUUUUAGCGAACUAGUUCAGUUCCUUUUCUGAAGCGUUUGAUUCGCGGUAAGUUUUUGAACGUCUCACGCUAAUAAAUCAAAACGAAUAAAUCAGACUUGUCACGCAAAAUCCAUUUAGCCCGAAAACUAAUAUCGUAUCAAUCAUAGUGGUAUCGCGCGACAUCAUCGGCGAACACAGCCAAUAAAGAUGAGCGGAGAUUACAUUAAGAAUUACAUAUAUAAAUAUAAUUCGUAUGGCGAAUCUGCCCGAACGAACGACUGACGAAGUAGUAUAUAUAUAUAGCGCAUAUAUACAUAUAUAUUAUAUAUAAUAUUACGUAUUCUCACACACAUGAUUCUCACGAUUUGUGUGCGGGUUCAUAGUAGUCGCUCUCGAGUGAGCGUAUCGAUCAUCAUGAAAUCUCGGGCGAGCAUUUCGUUCGAUUACUCCAGGCAAAAAGAAAAAGAAAGAAAAGAAGCAUUGACAAGCGUCUAUGAGGCGGCGAUUUCUAUAGAAUACGAGAUAUGUAACAAAUUGGGUAUAAAAUAAAGAUGUAAUGAUGAUGCGUGCAUGCGUGCGUGUCUACGUUGGAGACUCGUCUCCGAAAUUAACAGGAACGAAUGUCGGAGAGGGAGAGAGAGUGUGACACAUACGCAAUUAUGCAUAUAUCUAUUAUAUAAAUAUAUACCAUUGCACGUGAAGAAAAAAAAUCAUACAAAAGCGAAACAAGUUAAGUCUAAGAUACAUAAAGGAUAUAAUUAGACGCGACCGAAGAAAACGCACGCGAAUUUGUCAUCUAGAGUCUCCCCCCAAAACACUGUUCAAUUGUACAGUCUUAAGUCUUUUUAGUUGUGUUCACUAUUGUAUACAGAGGGAUCAAAUUAUAUGUAUGUGUAUAAAAGAGACGUUGUGUAAUCUGCGUAAUUGUAUCAUUACACAUACUGACCCACAUACUCGGCGCGCAUGUGUCGCAUCUAAAGAAACAUAAGAGAAGUAUAUUCGUGUAAUGAAAAACGCGCUAAUGUUCUUAUGUUUUGUCCAAUGCCGAUCAACUUGGACACAACCAAGUCUUUGUCUCCCGGAAGAGACACAAAGUCAAUAUAAGCUGCAAUUGAAGUUAACCGACGUCGGCGAAAUCGGAUUAGAGCAAAAAAUAAUUAAAAAAAAAAAAGAAAAAAAAGAAAAAGGCAAAACAUAAACAUGUGUCAAUACCAUCCGAAAAACAGCGAAUCGGGCGAUCCUCGAAAAUUCGUGUUCGUCGAAAACUGAAAGUUACUCCACUUUGCACUUGGUCAAUAUUCGCAAAGGAAUAAUAUUAUCAUAUUUCGGGAUGAUUUUUCCACAGUGGCGCGGACGGAAAAGAGAGGCAAUCGCUUUUUCUAGUCCAGGAUGUAACGAACGUGCUCCAAACGUUUUCACACAUUUCGCUUGAACAUGAUGGAAAGAAAGAGAGAAUUAUGUGAGAGAAAGAUAAAACAUUCUCUCUGAUUUCAGUAAAGGGAUGCUCCACGCGGCGUAUAUCUGUUAGGUCAGUGUGUAAUUAAUUAACGAGUUUUAACGACGCAAUUAGAUGCUAUCGAAUUAAAUUAGUAUAAUGCGUGCGUGCAUAACUCUUUUUCUCUUCCCGGAUAAUGGAUAACACGUCCGACAAGAGGAUCCCGAAUGAUGUUCAUCGUGGAAAGUCAUCGUCGCGACGGCCUCGUAGAUCAUCCUCCAGUAGGACAAUCAUAGAGUUACGAAUUUACGUUAGAUUUACACGUUAGUAAGUUUUCAUUAGAUGAUAGAUGCGCGAGCUAGAUCGUACGAACGAGAGCGUUCGUAAAGUUCUCGUCGAUGCGUGAGACGAUUCCAAGAUGGAAAUCGUGUGACGAAGAAUCGUUUAGAUUUUAUUAAACGCCGGCACGCGACGAAAGUUGCGUUUCCACCCGUACAGUCGGAAAAGAUCACGGUACGCGGAUCCGCGCGGAAAUAGAAUUAUCUGAAGGAAGGGGGGAGGGAGAGAAGAAACUACUCUGAUAAAUGGGAGCGCGGGAUUCAUAGUGAUUUGUAAUUUGGCGUUCAACUGCGGAUGUUUUGUUAUAAACGUAAUAAGUGCGAGUUCGUCAAUUUUUGUCCACACUUAACUUUAGCAAACGAAAGAAUUGCUAAAUAAUAAAUGAUUAUUAUAAUUGACAUUAUAGUAUAUGUAUGUAAUGAUACGAUACUGAAGCAUUAUCAUCUUUUGUAUCAUUUGUUUGUUUGUUUUUAUCUUACUGCGUUUGUCUUUCAUUAUUAAUGCAAUACCAAGAUGACUCAGUUUCGACUCGGUAUAUCAUCUUGUGUGUACAUAUAUACUAAUAAAAAAAAUAUAUACACAAA